AUGCAGAUAAUGGCGAGAAUAGAAGCUGCCACUAUAAAGGGGCAACCCUUUAUAGACAGGAUGGUUUCAGAUACCGGCCUUACUCGCGACCAAGUGCGGCACAGAAGAAACAAACCCGUUUACAAGGAGUACCUCUGUGCCGCCAAAGAGAUCCAAACAAACAAUCUCCCUUUCCCUCGGCCUGUGCCCUCGGCUGGUGCAGCGCGCGCCAGUGCCCAUGUGGAAACUCCUAACAUCGAGGGUGAAUCAGUCCACACUGAGACAACUGCGGAGCAAUCUCCGCAGGAUAUUACCAACAAAGAGGACAGCGAAGACGACGGAGACGGUAAGACACCUAGAGCACAUAUUGUUGUUACACCAAUUUUGCAGAACGGCGGUACGAAGCGACAACGUAAUGAGUCGAUGUCGCCUCUCAUGCAGCCGACGCCUAGAAGGGCGCGAUGCGAUCACGACCUCACUCCCCCCCAUGCACAGCCCAAGACCCAGGUUACUGUCAACCACCAGCUGCGCAGCUAUCUCGUCACUGAGCGGGAGGCUGCGGCAGCUGACGGCCUGGGUCAUGUUGUGGAGCUGUGCAAUGCGGGUCUCGAGCUAGCCAACGUGCAGCUGGGCCCCUAUAUCGAUGACUGGAUUAAAAAGCACUUUCCAGAACAGCGGGGUGGUAAGAAGGGGGAGAAGAAGGGGAACAAACCCCCUCAGAGAAACUACGCCCAAAUAACAACAGGGCGGGGUCCUAGGGCAGAAGGUUUCAAAAAAGCCCAGGACCUCUUCAACAAAAACCGUAGCUCUCUAGCGGAGAAAAUUAUUUCUGGAACUCCGCUAGACGAGAAGGAAGUUACUCCCCCUAUUGACGAGGUCGAACGGUUGUAUCGCGGCAUCUUGGAGUCGCCUGCGCGAGAGGUGACAGACGUUCAUAACAAACCGCUGACGGAGGACACGAAAACGUUCCUGCCCUUCAGGCAGGACGAGAUUGAAAAUGCCAAAACGUCUUGGGGCAACUCGGCGCCUGGCGCCGACGGAAUUACAGUGUCCUCCGUGAAACGGGCCAACAACAGGGUGCUGUCCGUACUAUUCUCUAUUAUUUUGAUACGGAAUGUGCACCCUGUUUGCUUCCGCCGUUCGCGCACUACUAUUAUUUAUAAAAAUGGUCAACGGUGUGACCCGGCCAACUGGCGCCCACUCACUAUCGGGAGUGCCCUCAGAGGCUGA